AGGCGAACGAAAGGCAUGAAGAAACCCACCACUGAAGUUACCCAAACAUUUAGGACACUGCAGAAGCUUUUCAGACACCGGUAAACAGAACCAUCUGAAAUGGACCCGGAGUAUGGUUUCAACCAAACGGCGGUCCACCUUAAACCGGACUUUCAGCGCUUUGACGCGCACAUGGCAGUAUUGACAAUCUUCCUCGUCCUGUUCGGUUUUGUUUUCAAUAUCCUCAUCUUCUACGUGUUCUGGGGAAUGAGGAAGUCAGCUAGUGCGCUUAUCUUCCUGAACCUGGCAGCAGUGGAUGUAGUGCUGGUGUGCCUGGUGAUGCCCUACUCGGUGACAAUCCUCCUGACCCGGGCUCUCGGAGAUAAGGGUCCGCCUCAUCACCUCUUCUGUGCAGUGUCAGGGUGCUUGUUCGAGACAUCUGUUUUGUGUACUGUGGGCUUUAUUCUGUUGGCCAGUGCGGACAGAUUCCUGGGAGUCUACCACCAUGUUUAUCAUAGGAAGUACUUCUCCAGAUAUAAUCUCAUGAAGAUGAUCCUGUGUAUUUGGGUAAUAUCUCCAAUGUUAAUCCUCACCUACGUAACAUCAUGGCUAAUCUUCUCCACCCACGAGGAUCACAAAACCUUCACCAACCUCAAGAUCUUCACCGUGUGUAUGGGACAGUACUGGCUCCGGAACGAGAACCACGUUCUGGGCAAUGUUCCCAGCUAUCUCACUGUAGCUCUGCUUACUUUGCUCAUGGUGGUUAUUGUUAUAAGCAACUUAGCUGUGUUAAAGCAGUUGUUCAAGAAGAAAGAAAAGGCCCUUGCUAGCCUUCAGACAGCCGGCCCAGCAACGAGGCAGAGAAGAAAGAAUGUAUCAGUUUUAGUGCCUCCAGUUCUAAUACAAACUGGUUCUACACAGACAAUACAAGUUGCCAAGGAACAAUUGAAGCGGAUAUCAUUGGCAGAGCAGGAUGUGAGAAAAAGUGAAAGAAUCUUCCAGACUGAUUCGAAUGGUGAUGUGACUGGUAUCAAUAUAAAUGCCAUAAUGAAACUGUAUGUUAAAGCAACGAGAAGAGCCAAGUGUACCACCCACACUAACAGUCAGAGGCGGAUCAGCUCCCGAGGGUCACCCUCCAACCGGAAAAGCUCAGAGAAUUUUCUGAAAUCAGACUCAGCAGAGACGCCGCCCAUUCUAGAUAAUCUGCUGCUAACCCCCAAAAACUCUACGGUGGGCGGUAGUUUGAUAGGUAGUGUGAUAGCGGAGGAAGAAGAGGAAGAGGAGGAAGAGGAAGAAGAUGAAGAGGAGAUGGAGUUUGAGCUAUCCGAGGAGGACAUUGAUGAGGAAUUAGCAAUUCUGGCAGUCGAUUCUCCCAUUUGCUGCGAUGGAGAGGACUCUUCCGGAUCAAUAUCCCUGUCUCCGGACGAUGAAGAUGAGGAAGAAGAAGAGGCGACAGAAUCUGACGUUGAUACAAUAUGGAAAGUCAUCAAAUUUGUUGCUGCUCUGAAAAGAAACUCCAAGAAGCGUGCCGGAAACUGGGAGCUAGUUAGAAGCAGCAGUGACUCAGAUCUAAGCCUGCUACAGGAUAACUGCAAUAACAUGGACUACAGGAUAGUGACUCCUGCUAAGGAGAAGAAAGCUAGGAAGUAUAGUGAGAUGAGUAAUGCUUAUCUGACAGCCCACAGUCGGAGUCUCCCUUAUCAGCCCUUAUCUUUUGAGAGAUCUGUUAAGAGUCCAACCAUGGAAGAGCUGAACGAGCUGGUAAAUGGAGGAGAACUAAGUCCACUAGUUAAGAGGAACAAGCAGCCAGACUUAGCGUCCCUUAUCACCAUGGUGACUAGACUGAAACGGAGGUCCAAGGAGGCAAAGCAGCGAGUAAGCCACACCACAUCGUUUGCCAGGAGAACUAGUACAAUAGUAGAUGCGAUACUGCCCAAAAGAAGUUGCGGAGGGGAUGGAAAUGGGUGCAGUCAGGAAUUGUUCAAAGAAGACAAGACGAAGCCUUCGUCUUCCUCCUGGGGAACCCUUGCUGUAAUAGCCAAAAUGCGAUCUAAAUUUAUCAAAAACCGAGAACGUAGAACACCAUCUUCGGAACCUGACUCAGAUCUCCAAACAGAAACCGACUUCCUCAGCUCAACUUGUGAUCAGGUGGAGAUGAUGGAGAACAGGGGUAUCAAUAUCCCGCUCAACACCAUAACAGAGGAAGUAUAUUCUCCUGAGAGGCAAGCAGGGAGAUGGCCAGAGGAAGCUAUCGUGCCAGAGAGACGCAACAACCUCCUAGCUAUACCACCAGCUUUCAGUCCCGCUGCCACGCCCAUCAAGAAAAAUUCUCUGGCGGGAGAGAGAACUUCGCCGAACUUCAAUAGAAGUCGCUCACUAGAUCUAGAUUCAUUCGAUCCAAAUCAGAUGGGAUCUCAGCCCAUCAAACGAAGGAGGGGAGGGUUUCUAAUCAACAAGGAUGACAUGAUGACCCCAUCCCCGUCCCCCUCAAUGUUUGGUAAUGGCAGCAACACCCCCCAGGGUAGCGUCCCACGUGACAGCUGCUACGCUAACACGCCCUCCUCGUUCGGGCGGCGUGUGCGCGCGUCCAUGAGCAUGCGCAACUCCCUCAACAUCACCAGUGUCACCACCAUGGUCUACAACUUCAAUAAACACGCCGCGAAGAAGAAGAAGGAGAUUAGAGCUGCCAAAACGAUUCUUAUUCUGGUGUUUUAUUAUAUUUUCACUUUGCUUCUCUUUGUCGUGUCCUUCUAUCACGUGUCCAUGUUGGGAGAAUCACAGAAGGCUCACCUAUCAUAUUGGCUCACGUUUUACUCGUACAUCAUAUACAUUAAUGCAGUUUUAAAUCCAGUAAUACAUUUCUGGAGAAACGCCAAAGUGAGACGCACAGUAAUCAAAAUAAUCUGCCCAAAGAAGGUCAACGAGAAAAUCAGACGAUGGAAACUCAGAGGUGGUUUUGGCUAAUUUAAAGAGGAAUAUUAUAUUUAUAGGUAGAACACAUAGGGAUAGUUAGGUACGCGCGAAUAAAAACGGUUAGGAUUAUUUUUCUUUAUUUUAUUGACAAUACUGCUUUGGUAUGCUUGAGCUUUAUCAAAACGCUAAUCAGUGGAUUUUACAGGAUUGAUAUUAAACCUUGAAAUUUUUAAACAGUGACGGAUUUAGAUAAUGUAGCGGUAAUUUUAACAAAACUGUAUAUAUAUUGGACUCAUGAGAUAUUUUAUUGCAUGCAACUCACUUUAACUGAGACCUUCGCUCCAUUAGUACUAGUGACUUUGCGUGCAGCGCAGAUUUAUUUCUGAAAUGAUACAAGCUGUUAUGAUAAUCGAUCCAACGAUACACAUUUUAACCAAUUGAACUGUUUUCUUUUAAUAACCUGAGGGUGUUAUUAGAGGUUUCAGAAAUUUAAACAGUACCUGGAGUGGACAUUGUCCGCGAAGUUAUUGAGAAAGUCAAGGUGUCUGGUAUUCAGCAGUUGGUGUUACAACCUGUAUCAAUCUAAUGGUUAUGUUAGAGGUACCAGCUGGCGUCGUAACCUGUUACCAUAUAAUUCUAACGGUUAUGUUAUAAACAUUUUAGCAAUUUCAUCUUGUUUAGAUUUGAUGUAGGAAGCUUUACCAAAAUAUUUGAUGAAAUUUAUAAUUAAAUGAAGUUUUGGUAGUCAGAU